AUGCAGAAGCUUAACACGGUGAUUGACACCUUGGUACCUUCACAAUCAUUGGUUGGCCGUGCCACAUCCGAUAACGAUCAACCUACACCAGGUUACAUGUUUGUUGACCUUCAGAAUGAAUCCAAUCAGUCGGUUGAGAAAUGUCAACAGAUAUUAUCACAAUUGUUGAAUCGUUUGAAGAAGGACUCACCUGUUGUCAAGCUGAAGUGUCUAAAGUGCAUGAAACACUUGGUACUCAAGGGUAGUGCAGUGUUCAAACAAGAUUUAUCAACAUGUUCAGAUCAUCUACAACAAUGUACAAAUUAUAGAGGUCAAUUGGACCAAUUCCAUGGAGAUGCUCCAUAUGCUGCAGUAAGGGAGGAGGCCAACAAGUUAUUGAACUUGUUGUUUCAAUUCACAUCGACUCCUACUCCUCAUCCAUCAUCAUCAUCAUUAUCAUUCACACAGACGCCACAGACUGUGGUUCAAGUCCAACCGAGGACUCAUCAGCAACAACAAAGCAAUGGCAACACAACAUCAUCAACAUCAUCAUCAUCAUCAUCAAACAACCGAGUUAUAGUUGGGUUUGGAUCAAAUGGAUCAAUGACAAAUGCACCAUUGCCACCUCAAUCAAAGUUGGACAAGGUUGUAGAGAAGAUUGGCGCGGUCACUGAUAAGCUACACGGCAAUCACAAUAAUUCAACAAGACGACCAACAUUGAAUGAUGUUGACUCACGACCAUCCAUUCCAGUGCGUGACGGCACACAUCUAAUGGGUUCAUCACCAUCAUCAUUAUCAGACCAUGAUGAUGUUCAUAGUGCACCACAACAAGACAUUAUUGAUGAGAUCAUUGGCAAUCAUACUUCAACUACAUUAUCUUCUACAUCAAUUGCAAGAUUCAUUCAAUAUUGGAAUGAAGUUGGACAACAACAACAACAACAACAACAACUGGUGAUACUCGAUCAACUGGAUGCCAAGACACAGAGCAAACAUUGGCAGAUCAAACAAAAGACAUUACAACUGAUAGAAACACUGAUCAAUGAUGGACAACAACAAACUUGCACAAUGUACUUUCAACAACAUUCACAAUCUCUCAUCAACUUAUCGACAUCAUUACACAAGUCCAUCCGAGAGAAAUCCAAACAAAUCCUCAAGAUACUUGGCAUCGAGAUGCCCAUCGUCCUGCCCACGACCAGCAGCAAUAACACCAGCGGCGACAGUAGUCCAAUCAUGGUACCUUCUCCGCCAAUCGAUCACAAGAACAACAUGUUUGAAUUUGACGAGCAUCCAUCUUCGUCAAGCCCUGGCCGUGGCAUUGGCGUUGGCCUUGGGCUUGGCUCACAUACCCCUCCUCCAACAUCUCCUGGAAUGUUUGGAGGACUUUCAGUCGUCAAUGUAACCAAGACAACCUCACACAAUCACACGUUAUCCCCAACAACAUCAUCCACAACCACCACAAACACUACAUCGUCCAGACAUCGAUCGUACAACAACAACAACAAUAAUAUCCUGGAUCUUGAUCUUGAUCCACUGUACAUUGGCAAUGGUACAUCAUCGCAGCGCACCAUUAACAACAACAAACAUAACAUAGUUAACUAUGACCUAUUACUUGGCGAAUCAUUCGCCAUUGGUGAUUCCAUUAUACUUCCAAACAACAACACCAUUUCGCCCAACCCGAUCACAAUUUGCGAGGACAACAACAACAAACAAUCGACCAAUCGUCAUGUCAUCGUUGGCACUGUUGACGACCCAUUCAAGAACCUUACCACAUACGCCGAGAAUAAACUGAGUUGA